CCGCGCGCCCCUUCUCUCAUUCCCUAUUGGCUCUCUCUACCAGGGGUACCGUCUGGGGACCCUCUGGUCACCUUGUCCUCCGCGCGCUCUAUGGCGAAAGGGACCUGCGCAGGCGCGUGAAAGGCGCCUUCAGGGCCCGCGCUUUACGACACUUGUGCGGCAGCGGCGGCGGCCACCGGGCGCUCCUUCGCGACGGUUCGGCCGGGUGCCGCUGGCGGCCGUUGCCAGGGUAGGGGUCGCUUUGCGGCAUGGCGAUGGCGGAGGGCGAGCGGACUGAGUGUGCUGAGCCCCCCCGGGACGAACCCCCGGCUGACGGCGCUCUGAAGCGGGCAGAGGAGCUCAAGACUCAGGCCAAUGACUACUUCAAAGCCAAGGACUACGAGAACGCCAUCAAGUUCUACAGCCAGGCCAUCGAGCUGAACCCCAGCAAUGCCAUCUACUAUGGCAACCGCAGCCUGGCCUACCUGCGCACCGAGUGCUAUGGCUACGCGCUGGGAGACGCCACGCGGGCCAUCGAGCUGGACAAGAAGUACAUCAAAGGUUAUUACCGCCGGGCUGCCAGCAACAUGGCACUGGGCAAGUUCCGGGCCGCGCUGCGAGACUACGAGACGGUGGUCAAGGUGAAGCCCCACGACAAGGAUGCCAAAAUGAAAUACCAGGAGUGCAACAAGAUCGUGAAGCAGAAGGCCUUUGAGCGGGCCAUCGCGGGUGACGAGCACAAGCGCUCCGUGGUGGACUCCCUGGACAUCGAGAGCAUGACCAUUGAGGAUGAGUACAGUGGACCCAAGCUUGAGGACGGCAAAGUGACAAUCACUUUCAUGAAGGAGCUCAUGCAGUGGUAUAAGGACCAGAAGAAACUGCACCGGAAAUGCGCCUACCAGACAGAGAAGAUUACAGUAUGCGGGGACACCCAUGGCCAGUUCUAUGACCUCCUCAACAUAUUCGAGCUCAACGGUUUACCCUCGGAGACCAACCCCUAUAUAUUUAAUGGUGACUUUGUGGACCGAGGCUCCUUCUCUGUAGAAGUGAUCCUCACCCUUUUCGGCUUCAAGCUCCUGUACCCAGAUCACUUUCACCUACUUCGAGGCAACCACGAGACAGACAACAUGAACCAGAUCUACGGUUUCGAGGGUGAGGUGAAGGCCAAGUACACAGCCCAGAUGUACGAGCUCUUUAGCGAGGUGUUCGAGUGGCUCCCGUUGGCCCAGUGCAUCAACGGCAAAGUGCUGAUCAUGCACGGAGGCCUGUUCAGUGAAGAUGGCAUCACCCUGGAUGACAUCCGGAAAAUUGAGCGAAAUCGACAACCCCCAGAUUCAGGUCCCAUGUGUGACCUGCUCUGGUCAGAUCCACAGCCGCAGAAUGGGCGCUCAGUCAGCAAGCGGGGCGUGAGCUGUCAGUUUGGGCCUGACGUCACCAAGGCCUUCUUGGAAGAGAACAACCUGGACUACAUCAUCCGCAGCCACGAGGUCAAGGCCGAGGGCUACGAGGUGGCUCACGGAGGCCGCUGUGUCACCGUCUUCUCUGCCCCCAACUACUGCGACCAGAUGGGGAACAAAGCCUCCUACAUCCACCUCCAGGGCUCUGACCUACGGCCUCAGUUCCACCAGUUCACAGCAGUGCCUCAUCCCAAUGUCAAGCCCAUGGCCUAUGCCAACACGCUGCUGCAGCUAGGAAUGAUGUGAGGCAACAGGCGGGGCGGCCUGCACCCCAGGGCCCCUCCACUCCCACCGGACCCGGGCCCCGGGCCAGGGGCAGAGCGGGCCCCGCCCCAGGGCAACGUUGGACCCCCUUUUACUUUGUAAAGUUUGUAUUUAUUCCCCUUUAGGUUUGCAGAGGGGGUAGGGGCAGAGUCAGGGGCUGGCCAGAGGGUCUGCUCCCUGGACAGAGUGGAAGGAGGUGGAGCAGCUGGGGCUGGGGGCACAGCCCGGGCAUUCUGUGGGGAGGCCGUCCUCGGGUCGGGGUGGGGCCGAGUGGCUGCCCUGCCCCCCUCGUUUGCAUGGCUCCUCCCGCACUCAAGCAAUAGGGCCCCGCCAUAGGAAGACCUCCAGAGAGAGGGUCAGCAGGGGGGCCUCGCCUGCACCUCCCCUCCUGUAGCCCCAUGGUGGGGCUGGGCUGGGGCUCACCCCCCCCCCCAGCUAUUUUAUGUCUGUAAUUAAAUGUUAAAAUAAAGUCAUUAUCGGAAGUCA